AUGUUUUCCUUCUUCAACUUUAAGGAGCUGUAUUAUAAUCGCCUCUCAUAUCCAGGGUACCUGACGGCGCUUUCCAGUUCGUCCGCUAAUGUGUUUCUCGGUCCUCGAACCUUGUCACGGUCUCUCAGCUCAGCCGGGACCUUGGUUUCUCCUCGAUAUGAACCCACGCGUGACCAAAUACACCAGGUCGGAGAUGAUGAUCAGCACGCAUCUUGUGAAUUCUGGUGUGGGUUGCGGCUUCAGUCUCAAUUAAAUCAAUCCUAUGUGCCCCCUGGCCCAGACCGUGAACAGCAACAGAGGGAACAAAGCUCCAAAUCAUCACCCCGCGAACAGACCCCGUCAAAACCCAAGCCUCUCCCCCAAAAGGCCUCUAAAUCAACGCCAUUGCCACCUACUAGGAAUACAUUGAUGAGCUGCGAUGCGCAUGGCCACCGUUUACGUGAAAAACCACAAAAUGAAUUGCAUAACCCCCGAAGGAAGUCAAAAAAGCUUGCUGUUUCCUUCAAUCCGACCCCAACCGAGUAUUUAAUUGAUACCCUGCAAAAUGUUGUGCAUUGUCCUGAUAGCACAACGCGUCAAAACUGGACCUUUACUUCGAGAAAUCCAAACGACCGCCUCAUGCCUCCUUUAGACAGGAAACAGAGGAUCAAAUUCAAAAUUGAGCACAGAGUCUCGCUCCAAGAGAUUGCUGCAGACUACAUUUACCAUGUGGAUCGUUUGCUAGACCUGGUUGGUGAAGAGGGAACCCAAGGAAAUUCUAUGGAACUGGAUGUUGCUCUGCGAAAGGUUUUUCUUAACAAAGAAUACCGUAAAUAUUUAAGAGCGCGGCAGUAUUCUGUCAAAGAUGUGGUUUCAUGGGCAUGGAUCCUCAAGAGCCGCACCCCCUACGAGGCCAUCCUCCGGGUUUUCGCGUUAGAAAUACAGUCAGAUCCAAAGGAAAAGGGAGGCUCUGCUGCUCGAAUUAUUCCGCCUUUCAUACCCCUUCUCUUGUUGCGGCAGGGUCUUGAUACUAAGUCCUUCCGUUUACUCCUCAUUUAUUCGCUGCGCCUUAUCAGCGGUCAACCACAUCCAAAACUAGGUACUCCUUUGAGUUCGGCGAAAGAUUACAACCUUUUCGAUGAGCUUCGCCUAUCGCACGACGCAAAGCCCUUAAUAGAUCCUAAUACCUGUGCCACAUUCGUCGUUCGUUUGCUUCAUCAUGCUCGCCAACUGUGGCCGCAAGCACAGCUUCCUAUCGUGCGUACCUUCGCAUUUUACCUUACUCUUCUAGAACCAGAGGGGACUGGUACUGUGGCAUCAGCGACACCGCGAAAUAUCCAGGUGCUGGCUGGGAAAUGCAACACAUUCCUUCGAUUACUCUCAUUGCCUUGCAGACAGGGACCUUUCACUUCGGCUUCAAUACAGCAGCAAGCACAGUUUGAGCUUCUCAGAGCAAUGGCCAGAAACCAGCCUGUUCUGCCCGUCACGCGAGGAGGGUACCAAGGUAUCAUCGCGGUACAGUUAGCUCAUAAGAAAACUUCAGCUGAGCGACAGUCCGCAGAAUUAAAGGCUCCAUCGUGGCCGCCAUGGAAGGAAGAAAAGCUAGGUCUUGACUCUCAAAGAGGAAUCGAAGGGCUGAGGAGCCGUGCUAUGCGGGUGAUGUCUCAGAUGAAAGAAGCAGGUUAUGCUCAUAGUCGCUGGGAGGAAGUGUCCAGUAUCCUUGCCGGGUGGGACACAGAUAAGAGUCCUACCAUUCAAACAAGGACCCUAGCGCGCCAGCCAUGGCGUCUUCGUGGACGUAUUGGAAAUGCGGACCAUCACGCUAUCUGGGAAGCUCGUAUCCGGGCUACAAGGACUGUGCGAGAAGCCUGGGCCUGUUUUUUGUCAUAUCGAGAUCAAGGUUUACCUCCACGCGGGAGCAUCUACACUGCAAUGGCUGAGAAAUUGAUUUAUCGACGAAAGGCUUUACAUGCCAAUUUUGACCAAACAAGUCAUGCUUUGCCAGGUGAUGCUCUGGAAACCUUCGCAGAGCCUUUGUCUGCGCGGGAUUUGAUUUAUGUGCAUACAGAGCCACCUACGUUAGACGAGCUCCUCACACAAAUGCUCUCCGAGGGGAUCCGGCCGCAGGCAAGGUUCCUUUCCCUCCUGCUACGAUAUGCACCGACCUUCAAAUCUGGUCUGGAGUACCUUAGCUGCAGUGAUAUGUCUAAUGAGCAGAUCAGAGCUUUGUGCACCGUCUGGGCACAUGAAUCUAUCUAUGACGAACAAAGUCGGAAAGUUGUAAACGAACUUCCUGCUCAUCUUUUCUCAUCCUUCGUAUACUUCUUGUGCAAAUUCUCGACCUUCGGUGAACUGUCAGCCAGACAUGCCAGAGACGCUUUUCCGAUCAUAUUGGGCAGUUCACAGAUGGCCAACGGGGAGACAUCCACCCUUUUCUCCCAGGAUGAAUACCUAAGGAAUGGAGAUGAAUAUCGGCACCCGAAGACGUUAGCACACGCAAUCGAACUGCUUAGAGUACGGCAUCCCCGGUCCCCUCAAGCGUGGGUUUUUGUGUUAUCGGCUUUGAACAAAGACCGCGUCACUGGCCGUUUUCGCAAGAUGGAUCGAGACAUCCAGCGUGUUAUAGCUUGGCACGAGAUUCUAGAAAUUGCAGGGCGGAUGGAGCAUCACGAUAUUCAACUCGGCCUGCAGGGCUUCCAGAUUCUAUGCAGCGGUUUUUCAAGAGCGGUAAGCUCUGGGAUCAAGAAUGUAGAUGCCGUGGAAGAAGCCCUGGAGGUUGUUGGUAAUGCUGCGCAUCAGGGAAAGCUGGCAUACAUAGGUCUUCCCUGCCCGCGAUUCGAGGAUAUGGUCCAGUAUGGUCUCCGGGGCCUCAAAGACCAGUUUGACCGGCUUGUCCUUCCAGACUUCAGAACUCCAUCCUUGUUUGGGUCUGGCAAACCAUAUUCUGAGAAUGUCACUGACGCCCAAGUCAUUUUGCCACCAUUACUUCAUGUGCCUUCUCCUGCCGUCCUUCACGCAUUUGUCAGAUCAUUGGGAUUAGCUGAAGAUUAUGAUGGCCUCCUCAGCCUUCUCCGAUGGAUGUCUCAGUAUGCGACGCCCCUUAAGGAAGCGUCCGAUGAGUACUUGAACGGUGAUAUGAUGAUGCGGCGCACUUUAGUGGCAAUGCGCUUAUUUCUCGAGGGAUAUCGGGAAAGGCAGUCCUGGGGAUCGCUCCGUUGGACAGCCUCAGCUGCACAAGCGCGUGGCUUAGGGGGAUCUGAGUAUACAAGUGAGGUUUCCCCUAGUGAUUCUGAGAGGAUGUCAUUCUCGGACCCGAACCUGCAAGAGGCAUAUGACAUAGUCACGGCGACGCACGUUUGGGGCCCCUGGCCUAGCGACGAGGAAGUUCAGGAAUAUUACGCUGUUCAUUGGGAGGAGCAUGAGGUGCAAUGA